AUGCAAUCGCCAUCGUCCACCAGCAUCUCUGGGUCCCACGCCCCCUCGCUCAUUUCGCUAUCGACUCUGGGAGCGUCGGGGCACGCCAGUGCAUCCGAGAAGCAGCGAAAGGGCCGAAAUACGCUGCCCAGCCGUGGAAUCCGAGGAACCGCCGAGCCGGAUGCCAUCAGCUCGCGCAUCCAAGUUGCUGUGCGCAUCCGGCCACCGUCGCAGUCCAGGAUCCUGUCGUCGUCGGCGUCAAUCAUCUCGGGAACGUCCUCUCUGGCGGCGUGUUCGUCGACCAUCACGGCCCUGUCCAAAAACACGUUGUCAGUCUCUGAUCCCAGUUCCCGAAAGCCCCCUCGGCCCUACUCGGUCGAUCAGCUGUAUACCGACACCUCCCGGCAGUCCGAGAUCUACGAGUCGUCUGUACGCGGCAUCAUCGACAAAUGCCUCGAGGGCUACAACGGGUGCAUUUUUGUCUAUGGACAGACGGGCUCUGGCAAGACUUUCACCAUGAGCGGACACGCUGGCGACGAAGGCAUCAUGCUGCGGGCGGGGCGACAUGUCUUUUCGUUCAUCGAGGCAUCGCCGCAGGUCGAGUUCAAGGUGAAGGCCAGCUACAUGGAGAUUUACCAGGAGAACCUGACUGACCUUCUCAUGGGGAAGAAUAGCCAAGGUGAUCUGCGAAUCCGUCUCGACCCCGAGUCCCUCACAGGACGAGACGUGUAUGUGCAGGGUCUCACGGAGAAAUACAUCACUCGGUACGAGGACUACUUGAAGGUUAUCUCAACCGGGGCUCGAAACAGAACCAUUGCGGAAACCAACAUGAAUGACACCAGCUCAAGGUCCCAUUGCAUACUGACGCUGAUGAUUCAUCAGUGGCCAUCCCCGGUGACGGCGUCGGCGGCUGUCGCCGUUGGCCCCCAGAAGGUAUCCAAGAUCCACCUCAUCGAUUUGGCCGGCUCGGAGAGAUGCGACGGCACCCAGGCAACCGGAUUGCGAUUGCGUGAGGGCAUCAACAUCAACCAGUCGCUCCUGGCGCUCACCAACGUCAUCCAUGCGUUGACGGCGUCGCAAAAGCACAUUCCGUACCGAGACUCGAAGCUCACGCAUCUCUUGAGCGACAGCAUCGGCGGCAAUUCGCUGACGCUCAUGAUCACCUGCGUCAACCCGGCACGCUCGUGCUAUGAAGAAACAAUAUCGACACUUCGGUUCGCGGAGCGGGUCAAGAAAGUGACCAACCGCGCGCGCAUCAAUGUGGAAAAGACAUCGCUGAGGAUAUCGGAGCUCGAGUCGGAGCUGGCGUUGCUGCGGUCGCUCCUUUCGACUUGCCGGUGCUCGGACCCCAAGCCGGUGGUGCUCGAGCAGGGGCAGCAGACCGAGGACGACUUUGCGGGGCUACCGCGAAUUGCAAGCAUAGCAGACCUACCGAGUCUGGUUGAUCUCGAUAUGGUCGUUCCUUCGCAGCGGGACAUGCAGGUCCAAACCAUCUCGAUGUUUGCGGCCAAUGAGCCCAUGGCCGGCGUGGACUGGAGAGCCCGACUCUCGAGGUGGUGGUUCCGAGCUCGCGAGUGGGUGCGCAACCCAAAGGCCGCCAAGAUUGUUCCCCAGUCCAUCUCCAAGGUGCACAGCGAGCGAGUGCAAGGCUCGCUCACUCACAGCGGAGCCAGAAGGACAACGUCCACGCCGGGGAGCGGCAGCGUAGCCAGCGACCUGCCACCGCACAGCGUCUUGACCGAGGAGCUGCUCUGAGCCCGCAGGAACAAUACACGGAUGCAUUGGGCUGCA